ACUGAACCAAUUUAUGCAAUUGACCGGUCUACUUUUGUGUGUUGUAUCUCUGCUUCUCAGCCACGCCGAACCUCUGAGCCGGGGGUAUUUGGAACAUCGAUGCGAAGAUGCAAAAAUGGUGUUCGAAGCUCCGAUGCCUAGCUGCUCUGCAUUCAACCACCCGUCAGAGCCCCUAUCAUCUACCGCGUCGUCUUCUUCACUCAUCUUCAUAUCGCUUUCAGAAGUCCCUUUUUCAUUUCGCACUUUCUUCCAAUUUUAAGCAUCUUUCCCAUGGCUCCAUUUCACCUCCUCUAAUUUCACUACCCGUUCAGUCGUCUCUUUAUCCUGCGUCUUUCAUGCAAGUGAGGCAUAUUACUGCAAAACAAAAGAAAAGGAAGUUGAAGAGUAGGAAACCAAUGACUCCAGUUGUAUCUAAAGUCAAGAAAAUAAAAAUCAAGGGCUACUCGUCUUUUAAAGGGAGGUUUAGGGUGAUGAAUGAUGGUCAAAUAAGGCGUUGGAAAGAAGGAAAACGCCAUAAUGCACAUCUAAAGUCCAAGAGUGCUAAACGUAGACUGAGAAAACCCGGUACGGUCCCUGUGGCUUACGCAAAAGUACUGAAGAAGCUCAACUUUCGCGGUUGAAUCGUCUGGACUAUCAUUCCAUGCUGCCUUCGGAGUGGGGGUUUGUUUUUCUUCCUUGCAGUCAUUGUUCCCAUUUUUAACUGUCUAGGUAAAAAUUGUUCUACCAUGGCAAACCAUUUUUCUUUAUUGGAGCAAUGAUGAAUACAUCUUUGCAGAAAUUGUUCAGUGGUUGCCCUUAGAAUUGAUGUGUAAUGCCAAACUAUGAUCUGCUGUUAUUUGACAUCAGUUUUCAUUUCUUGCUCUAAAUGCUCAGUCGUAUUACACAAGCAUUUUUUUACACGGGCACAUCUGUUCU